CAUAAAUGUGUACUAAGUCCCUUACGACCGAGAUAAUUGCAUAUCGCACGUAGUACAGCUUUCCAGAAUGAGGAUAAAUAUGUGUUUUGCUUGGCUGGAUGUUGCGCUCGUACUAAUAACAAUCAGACCUAAUGUGUGUGCACAGUCCAUGACAUCAGCUGUGGACGUCAAUCAUCUGAAGGUCUGCUCGGGGUAUGAGAAAACGUCUACAUGCUUUGACGAGCCGGGCUGCAGCAAAAUGUAUAUGGAGCAAUUUGUAUGUAAUGGAACAACAUUUCCGGAACUGGGCGGGAAACUGUGCCCGAACUUGUGUGGAUGCUGCUCAAUGACGACGCCGAUUACAGCAACCACGGCCACCACAUCAGCCAUGUGUCGGAGUUUCAGCGGCCUGUGCCAAGACAAUGGUGCCUGCAGCAUCGAGACAGUGAAGAACUAUAUCUGCAGUGACCCGAUACAAGCGGGAUCUUACUGUCCGAGGAUGUGUAACUGCUGUGUGUAAUGGAACCCAAGGAAGGACUUGAAGACGCUCAAAUGUUUGUAGUUUUCUGAUAAUAAACGUAUUUCUCUGGCUGUUU